UUGGGCCGGGUCCAAUUGUCCCCUCCGCCCAUAGUUCUCGCCACCGACUUUGGCCUCGCUGAUGCCUACGUGGGCAUGAUGCGGGGGGUCAUAUUUUCGAUCAACCCCCACGCCUCGGUCAUUGAUCUGACCCACGGCAUCGCCCCCCAGGACGUGUGCCACGGAGCCGUGGCCCUGAGCGACGCACACCCCUACUUCCCUGAACGCAGCAUUUUCGUAGCCGUGGUCGACCCCGGCGUUGGCACCGACCGAUUUGCCGUCCUCCUGGAAACCCCCGACCACCGCUUCGUCGCGCCGGACAACGGCCUGCUGACCCUGGUGUGUCGGCGGUACGAUUCCCAAUUCGGCGCCGGGGAUGUCUCGGGUCCCGCAACCCUCCCCGACGGUUGCCGCGCCUGGCGCCUGACCAACCCCGGAUAUUGGCGCCAUCCUGUCAGCGCUACCUUCCACGGCCGCGACGUUUUCGCUCCCGUGGCCGCCCACCUGUCCGCCGGCGUAAUCCCUGACAUGCUCGGCGACCCCACGCCUGUCAUCACCGCGUUGUCGCUGCCGCCUCCGCGACCCGCUGGCAACUCGGUCCGCGGUCAGAUCGUCUUCGCCGACGCCUUUGGAAACCUGGUCAGCGACAUCACCGCCGAAAUACUGUCCAACAUGGGCGUGCCCGCGAGGGAACCCGAAGCGGUGGUCAGCAUCGCCGGGCACGAAAUCAUUGGGCUGUCCCGGACGUUUCACGAUCCGCCUGGAGACGGGCUGCGCGCCUUGGUGGGCAGCCACGGACGUUUGGAGGUCGCCCUGGUGGACGGCAGCGCGUCGGCUGCCCUGGGUGUGGCCAGCGGAACGGAGAUCGUGCUUCGCGUGGGUUGA